UGCUGCGAUUUGGGGUGUUUCUUAAAAUAGCAGCUGGGAAGAGGAAGAGAGAAGAGUGAGAGAGCGAGCGGAGAGUGAGGAGCGAGAGAGAGAGAGAGGGGAAAAAAAAAAAACAUCCCCGACCCAAAACCCUGGGACAGGAGGUGCGGCAGGACCACCUCUCGGCGAGGGACCGACGGCAGCUCCGCUCCCGGCCGCAGCCCGCCGCCCUGCCCGCCGCCCGACGUGGCUCUCCCCGGGAGGACCCGGGGCUCCUCCGCCGGAGUUGGAGGUGGGCUUCAACUUUUGCUCGCUGUCUCCGCCGCCCUCACCCCGCCGUCCCUCCGGGGGCUUCUCCCCGCGGCAGCGCAUCCCCGUCGCGGGUGGGGAAGGCAGCCCCGCGCGGCCCGGUCCCACCAUGACUUCCAAAGAAGAACCCAAGCCCUCCUCGGGGGAAGAACGGCGGCGGAGCCCCUUGGAUCACCUCCCACCGCCGGCCAACUCCAACAAGCCCCUCACUCCCUUCAGCAUCGAGGACAUCCUCAACAAGCCCUCGGUGCGGAGGAGUUACACCCUCUGCGGAACGGCCCACCUCCUCUCCGCCGCCGAGAAGCACCCCCCGGCCGGGCUGCCCCUCUCCGGCCGGGCGCUGCUCUCCCAAACCUCGCCCCUCUGCGCCCUGGAAGAGCUGGCCAGCAAGACCUUCAAGGGGCUGGAAGUCAGCGUGCUGCAGGCGGCCGAAGGCAGGGACGGGAUGACGAUCUUCGGGCAGCGGCAAACGCCGAAGAAGCGUCGAAAGUCGCGGACGGCCUUCACCAACCAUCAGAUCUACGAGCUGGAGAAGCGGUUCCUCUACCAAAAAUACCUGUCCCCGGCGGACCGGGACCAGAUCGCCCAGCAGCUGGGGCUCACCAACGCCCAGGUCAUCACCUGGUUCCAGAACCGCCGCGCCAAGCUCAAGCGAGACCUGGAGGAGAUGAAGGCCGACGUGGAAUCGGCCAAAAAGCUGGGCCCCAACCCCGCCGUGGACAUCGUGGCCUUGGCCGAGCUGGAGCCCAGCGCCGAGGGAAGGGGCAAGGCGCGCUCCGGUUCCCCGCCGCCGCCCCCCACCGCCGCCCCGCCGCCCCCCCGCCCCGCCUCGCCCCCCACGGAGCGGCCCCGCAGCCGCCGGGACAGCGAGGAGGAGGAGGAAGAGGAGGAGGAGGACGUGGAGAUCGACGUGGAUGACUGAGGGGCGGCCGGCGGGCCUCCCCCCCCCCCGCAACCUUCGCACCACCACCCCCCCGCCCCGUCCCACUCCCCCCCACCCCACCCCGACAGCUCCAAAUUGGCACCCCCGGCCCCCCCAUCCCGGCCCCGGCUGCUCCCCCUCGGUCGGAGCAAUAAGCAAUAGAAACCCACCACAUACACACACACACACACACACACAAAAACACAAAUUAAUUUAGGGUAGAGUCGAUAUCCCUCCGCCUGUCACAUCUUCGGAAUGGUGCAAUUACGGACGGCUUCUGUAUAAAUAUUUAAACGUAUAUAUUGGAUUUUUUUUCCUUCCCCCUUCUUUUUGAGGUUUUGAUUAUUAUUUUUUUUUUAAUAGCUAUCAAAGACGAUUAUUUUGUCUAGAAGGGAGACGCGUAACCUUGGAAUAAACUCGGCUUCCAACAGAUGUUUGGGGUAGGCAGUUGUUUUCAAAGACUUCCGAAACGAACCGCUUUAGAGGAGAUUUAAGUUAGACUUAGAACGGCAACAGCAAAAAAUAGCCACUUUCCUUUCCUUGCAUGUUUCAGAUGUGCACGAAGUAAAUUUUUUUUUUUCCUUUUAAAAAUAUUUUUUUCCUUUCGCAAUCUUGGGAACUUGGGGAUGGGUUAUAAUGCAAGUUGAAAAAUAUAUACUUUCUUUUUUUCCUAGAGCAUAGAGAUUUGUCUCCAAUGCAAUUUCUGCCUCAUUUUACCAAUUAAAAGCUAUUUUUACCAUUUUCA